CUGCCGCUGCCGGGCUGCUCCGGCCCCCGCACCACGACGCCGCCGGCAGCAGCGGCCCGAGCCCCCGCCCCCGCCCUCGGGGCUCGGCGCUGCGCCGCGCCGGCAUGAGUUGCGUCUCCGCGCCUGCCCGCCAGCUGCUUCGCCCCGGCUGCCGGCGCUUGGCGGCGGGCUGAGGGCGCGCAGAGGGCGGGCGGAUAGCGAGCGCGGCGGCCGGAGCCCGGUGCUCCUUCCUUCCGUGCCCGCAGCGCGGGAUCGGGGCCGAGAGACGACGGGGGGCGCCCCCUGCGCGUGGCGGCGGUGGGUGGCUGGGCGCCCCCGCACCGCUCUGGAUGCCCAUCGCGGCUGCUCGGGCCGGGGGGCACGGACCAGGAUGCCGGUGCUGGAGCGCUUCUUCCCAGCGGCAGAGCCGGGCAGGCGGAGGAGGACGGGGGAAGAGCCGAUGCCCUUUCCCAUGGGCAGUCUGCCUGGUUAUCAGCAGGGGACCCUGGCCUGGGACUUGCCCGAGAUGAUCAAGAUGGUAAAGCUCGUUUGGAAAUCCAAGGGAGAGCUCCGCGGGGCGAAACACAGAGGGGUUUUGGAGAGCGAGGAUGCCCUGAGUAGUUCGGCAGGAGAUGCACGGGUGAGAGGUCAGACAGGGGUUCUCUCCGAGCGCCGUGGCUCCUACCCAUUUAUAGACUUCCGUCUUCUUAACAAUACUACACUCUCAGGGGAAAUUGGAACCAAGAAAAAAGUGAAAAGACUGUUAAGUUUCCAGAGGUAUUUCCAUGCAUCCCGUUUACUGCGUGGAAUCAUACCACAAGCCUCUCUGUACCUACUGGAUGAGGACUAUCUUGGGCAAGCAAGGCAUAUGCUGUCCAAAGUGGGAAUGUGGGAUUUUGACAUAUUCUUGUUUGACCGCUUGACAAAUGGAAACAGUCUUGUAACACUGCUUUGUCACCUCUUCAAUGUGCAUGGACUUAUCCACCAUUUCCAGCUAGAUAUGGUUACAUUACACAGGUUUUUAGUUAUGGUUCAAGAAGAUUACCAUAGCCAAAACCCGUACCACAACGCCGUCCAUGCUGCUGAUGUCACCCAAGCUAUGCACUGCUAUCUGAGGGAGCCCAAGCUUGCCAACUUCCUCACCCCACUGGACAUCAUGCUUGGACUGCUAGCUGCUGCGGCUCAUGACGUGGAUCAUCCAGGGGUCAACCAACCCUUUCUGAUCAAAACUAACCACCACCUUGCCAGCCUGUACCAGAAUGUUUCAGUGCUAGAAAACCAUCACUGGCGAUCUACGAUAGGCAUGCUUCGAGAGUCACGGCUCCUCGCCCAUCUGCCCAAGGAGGUGACACAGGACAUUGAGCAGCAGUUGGGCUCCCUGAUCUUGGCAACAGACAUCAACAGGCAGAAUGAGUUUGUGAUCCGUCUGAAAUCUCACCUUGACAAUCAGGAUUUGAGACUGGAGGAUGCAGAAGACAGACAUUUUAUGCUUCAGAUUGCACUCAAGUGUGCUGACAUUUGCAACCCUUGCCGGCUCUGGGACCUGAGCAAACAGUGGAGUGAGCGGGUCUGCGAGGAGUUUUACCGGCAAGGUGACCUGGAACAAAAAUUUGAACUGGAAAUAAGCCCCCUUUGUAAUCAGCAGAAGGAUACAAUACCAAGCAUACAGAUUGGGUUCAUGACCUACAUCGUAGAGCCACUCUUUGAGAGGUGGGCCCAGUUUACGGGAGAUACCCCCUUAUCAGAAAACAUGCUAAACCAUCUCAGGAGGAACAAGGCCAAGUGGAGGAGUUUGCUCCACAAGCAACACAGCAGUAGUAGGAGCAACGACCACUCAGGUCAAGUGACUGGCAGCCACGAACAGACUUUGAAUAAGGAAGAGACUCCUUAGUGGCAGCUUUGCACUUUUCCUUAUAGCACUGCUAUCUCCAUCUUGAUCGCAGCAGUGAACAAAAUCCCGAGGAGCUGGAAGCCUGUUAUCAAGACAGUGGAAAGGGAAGACACGGCAAAGCAGAAGCUGUAAGGGUCCUCGCAAACCAACCUGCAGUUCUGCUGGGUUCCUUUCUGGAUCUCCUUCAUGUUCCUCUCCCCUCUCUUCAUUCUGCGCAUGCCUGAUGCUGUUUGUCACUUCUGAUCACGAACUGCCCGAGUCCCAGUCAGAACUACUGAAGCCAGGCUGCUUACAGCUGCCGUGAAACAGGGAGGAUUACUGGGAGAACAGGGGAGACAGAGGCGCUCUUGGUUACAUGUUCAUUUACCACAAGUCAUACUGUGACAUAUGUAUAUAGGCCCAGAGUAUCAUAUGCUUUCUAGGCUGGCAGCUGGGCUGCACAGUAAACCACCAGCAUCUUCAGCAUCCAGUGGACAACUGGCUGAGUGAGACAGCACUUGCAGAGGGCAAAGAGAGUCUGGUUAUUUUGGUAAUUAAAACAAAAAUCUUUUUAACUUUUGUAUUCUGUGCACUAAACGACAGAUCUAUAAACCUUGGAGUGAAGUUACUCCCCGUAUACACAACUCCAGUGUAACAAGGCUCAUUUUGGUAAUCAUUUUUAUGCCACUUUGGAUAAGAGACAGGCAUCUUCUCCUUGCAAGGAACGGUAUUCCCUCGCAACAGAAAGGGAAGGUGUUGUACAGUCCGAACCUUUGAAACACGAACAGAUCUAUCUUUUGAGUACUGUUUCAAGUAACAUGUUUAUAUUCACAUUAUGUACAUUUUCUGUAAAUACAAAGCGCUACUGAUUCCCAGGCCAAACUCCUGGCUGGAAUACUGUGGGAUUGCUACCUGUAAAAUCAUUGGCACUGUGAACAGAAUACUGUUAGUUUUAAUACAAGAGAAAGCAUUUGUAAAUACCGUAUAGAGUUUAUUAAUAUACACCAUCGUUUGUGGAUAAAAGCCUUAACUCCUAGCAUCCUUCAUCUUCUGAUAGCUGCCAAAACCAAUCUGAUCACAAGAUAACGAUUCUGAACUGCCUGUCCACUACCCAAGGUGUAUAUCAAAGGUCAUUAAGGAAUGAGGUCUGGCAGGAUGACUUCUUGAAAACUUCAAGCACAUUCCAUAUGGGUCCGUGUUGUUGCUCCAUGGCACCUUGCACAUUCGGUCUAGGAGAAUGCUUCACAGAGCCUGAAGGUUGAAGUUCAAACAAAAACC